CAGCAAAUGUCAGUACUAACCUUGUUCUGUCAAUUCAUUAUAAUAUAUGGAUCCUUUUGAAUAUUUGUGAUGUUUCCCUCCCGUAAAGAAAAACCCAAGAGAAGUGAAUGCAAAAAACGCAUCAAAAACAUUCUUUCCACGAUAAAUGAACUGGAGAGAAACCUCAUAAAAUCUCAACAAACUGAUAGGCAAAUUUUGAUGGCUAUUCGUCUAGAUCAUCUGAAGGACAAGAAUAUCAUUACACAACUGGAGGAAGUUCAAAAAGAAAACAAGCAGUUAUUGGAUAUGAUGCAAUUGCAAGAUUGCCAAAGAAAAAACAUGUCGAGGACAAAUUCAAGUACCUCUUGUUCAACGAUGAGCUUGGUAAAUUUACAAUACAAAUACGAAGAGCUUUUAGCGAAUCAAAAUGAUUUACUGAAACUACUGGAGAUGCGAUUAUCUGAAAACCGUAAAUAUCACGAGGAGAAUUGUCAACUACAGGAAGAGAUCGAGAGUUUAAAAUUACAGUUACAGAAUAGUCAAGAGGAGUUUUCAAGAGUUUUACAAAAAAUGAAGGACAGCAAAGUUAAAAAAAGUAAUAAGAUAUCCAAACUAAAAAACGAAAGGGACACCCUGAAAAUGGUUCACAGCCGAUUUGUGAGUUUGUUAAACCAACAAUUCACGGAGCGAGAUGAUACUUUGUGCGAAAUAUUGAAAACUACUCCAGAAUCCGACAAGGCGCUGCUUAUUCAAGAAGUGAGUACCUCAGAAAGAUUCGCAAGAAUAACGCAUUGCUGUAUGAAAAUUUUCAAAUGCAACAGAAGAUUGAUUAUCUGCAGUCAAUUAUGAACACCAGGGCUUGCAAAUAAAAUAAGUCAAAGUCACCUAUCAAUUUUAAUUACCUUUUAGAUGAUCCAUAUAACCAUUUGAAUAAAAUAAUCUCGCAAAUAAGA